CCGGCACGUCAUGUAGGGUCGACAUUAACCGGGCAAAAGUGUCAAAUAUUGAUGCAUAAUAAUGUGUGAAUCGUUCGUUUUAUGAAUUACUGCAUGAGAAUGUGAUCGAGUGUUUAGGAUAAGAUGUGGAAUAACGGCGGAAGGCUCUCGACCAUGACGUGCGUGAAACUCUUCUUUCCUGGAUCCUUAAGGUCACAUUUCCGUGUCUUCCAGCUGACUGUAAAACCCCAGGUCAGAUCUUUCUCCCACGGUGUCUUUAGGACAGACUCAACUCCCCGAUCUGCUCACUCUCUCAGCUCCAGAUGCAUGACAUUCAUGCCAGCUGUAUACCUGCGGCCGUGCAGCGUGAGGCACGUGAGCUCGUCCGGAUCAGGGUGGUACGAGAGCGUGGCAGAUUCCGCUGCUGUCCAUGUCACCGAGCAGCUCCUGAUCUCCAGCCAGCAGAUGACGGCGCUGCCGUGGUGGGCGGGGAUCGUCUGCACCACACUGGCACUGCGCACCGUCGUCACCCUGCCGCUCGCCGUCUACCAGGCCAUCAUCAUUGCAAAGAUUGAAGCCUUGCAGAAGGAAAUAGCUGAGUUAGCACAACGGCUACGCUACGAGGUCUCCGUCAGGGCCAAGGAGAAGGGCUGGUCCGAGAAAAUGUGCAGGUUCCAGUUUAAGAAGAAUUUGCGGCGGAUCGUGUCCGAGCUUUACGUGAGAGACAACUGCCACCCGUUCAAGGCCAGUUUGCUGAUCUGGGUUCAGUUGCCCAUGUGGGUGUCCGUCUCUCUCGCCCUGCGUAACAUCAGCAUGGGAUUGGGACACGGCCCGUCUGCAGGACUGCAGCAGGAGCUAGCAGCAGGGGGCGCCCUUUGGUUCCCGGACCUCACGUUACCGGACUCCACCUGGAUCAUCCCGGUGUCUCUGGGCCUCGUCAACCUGCUCAUCACUGAGAUACACGCCCUGAGCAAGCUCGAACAAUCGAAGUUUCAGACAUAUGCGACCAACUUCAUCAGAGGAAUCUCCCUGGUUAUGAUCCCUUUAGCCGCCACCGUCCCGUCUUCCAUGGCGCUGUAUUGGCUCAGCUCCAGCUGCAUCGGCCUGGGUCACAACCUCCUCCUGCGGUCUCCUCGUUUCCGCUCUCUCUGCCGAAUACCUCCAUUACGCUCGGACUCUCAAACCCCCUACAGGGACAUCGCUGGUGCCUUCCUGAACAAAUACUUUAAAUAAAUGUGUAACGAAUAAAACUCUGGCUGGCUGAGUGUUACAAGUUCAGAAUCUCUCUUCUCUCCUCCAGGACGACUUUGGGGGACGUUGGUGAAAACCAAAACAUAAUGACUGAAGAGUUCCUGGAAUGUACAGUUUGGGUGUUUAGGCAGAAAUAUUUAUAAACAACUCCCAAACCCUCA